UGAAAUGGCGGCAGCUUCAAAAUCUAUUUUGCCUUUGGGUUAUGUGGACGAGUUUGUAAGUGAAGUUGAAAGAGAUUUGGAGUGUUCAAUUUGUCAUCUUCCACUUAAGGACCCUGUUCUCACCAGAUGUGGACACCGAUUCUGCAAAGAAUGCCUCUCGAGGAGAAUUUUAGAAGGAUGCUGAUGAAAAACCCUUCACUUGCCCGGAGGACAGAGGAACUCUGGUCAGAAAGCAGGAUAUUUUUCCAGACAAAGCAAUGGAAAGGAAGAUUCUUUCGUUUGCCAUCAUAUGUCCAAGUGAUGGAUGCGAGUGGAUUGGGGAACUAAGAAAUAAAGAGACUCACUUGAAUACUUGCUUGUUCAAAGUCAUACCCUGUACAAACGAGAACUGUCUCGAGGAGGUACAACGACAACAACACGAGCAACACGUGACUGCCACAUGUCAGUGGAGAAUUCUCAAAUGCAAUUACUGUAGUGAGCCACACCCAGAGUGUCAAAUGCAGGUGUCUCAAGCUCCCAGUAACUUGUCCAAACAGUUGUGGUCUUACAAUUUCCAGGGAAAUGAUCCCGAGUCAUAUCAAAGAGGAAUGUUUACUCACCAUAGUGUGCUGUUCUUAUGUUCAGAUGGGUUGCUAAACAAAGGUUAAGCGUCAAGCAGUGGAAUCUCACCUCCAAUCUGCUGUAAGAAUCCAUCUUGAAUUAACUGUUGUUAAGUUAAACGAGGCAAAAGAAAAUUUAGGUCAUACUCAGUCGAAAUUGGAUCAGACAGAAUCUAAAUUUGCAGACACAGCACUGAAGUUGGAGGAGACUCGAUAUAAAUUGCAGGAAACAGCAACUGAAUUAAGUAAAACAAAAAUUCAAUUGGUUAACACAACGAAGACAACAGAUGAUUUAAAGAGGGAACUCGAGACACUACAAAGAGAGUUGAAGAGAAAAUGGUAAUGGUGAAAAGUGAAUCUAGUGAUUUUCCUUCUAUGUU